AUGGCGGAACUCAACCGACAGCUUCAGGAGUAUUUGGCCCAGUCUAAAGGUGGCGGCGCUAAGACCAUCUCCCAGUCCAGCUCCAGCACCACGGUGGACCUGGACGAGCCGGAGCCGGUACCCGGGAGCUGGUUCGGGCGGUGGUCGCGCCCGUGGACCGGGAGCCGCGGCGGCAGUCCGUCCGGCCAGAGCUCCAGCGGAAACAGCGGCUUUUCCUGGCCGUGGUCGGCCGAGCCGGACCCCUGCCUGCCGGGCUUGAGCCGCCGGCAGCGGCUGGUGGCCUUCGGGGUGUGCGUGUCGUUUUCCGCGCUGUGUUUCGGACUGUCCGCGCUGUACGCGCCGCUGCUGCUGCUCUACGCCCGCAAGUUCGCGCUGCUCUGGUCGCUCGGUUCGCUGUUCGCCAUCGCGGCGGCGGCGGUGCUGCGCGGCCCCAGCAGGCUCGCCGCCGGCCUGCCCACCUCUCCCGGGGCCGCGGUCUACCUGUGCGCCCUCGGGGGGACUCUGUACGCGGCGCUGAGCCUCCACAGCACCGUGCUCACCGCGCUGGGAGCCGCCCUGCAGGUCACCGUCAUCGUCGGGUACGUGGUGUCGCUGCUGCCCGGGGGGAGCGCCGGGAUCCGCUUCAUGGGCGGGAUGGCGGCGUCUGCCAUCAAGAGGACCGUCACCGGGAAAACCAUGCCGAUCUGACCCGGGACUGACUGCCGGACACCGGACACGGGGCACACAUCCAUCAGGCGUAAAGCACUGAUUCCCAAAACAGGGUCCGGUCUACAGAGGACUACUUUAUUUUGUCAAUACAUUCCUCAGCAGGCUGAUGAUUAUUGAUUAUUGGCUGCUGUUAACGGAUACUGAUAUCAGUCUAACAUUUGGGUGACUGGGGUCAGCUAAGCCCUGAACACGGACCUGCAGGACAGACCGGCUGCUGGACCAAACCACCAAACUGUGAAUCAGCAGCAUGUGUGUUAGUUUGGAUGCAGGAUGUGUGAGAAAAUCACUGUAAUACAGGAAAUAAAACAGUAAACAGAC